GUUUGUUGGUUUUGAUUUGAAUCGCCCUAAACAAACGAGAAACCUGCUUCGUAUUGCGAUAUUCAACAUCAACUAAAUCAGAGGGCUUUUUCCUGAAAAUUACUUCAAUGAUAAAUCAGUUCCUGCUUUAGAGAUGAAGAUCAAGAAGCUCAUGCCUAUAGAUGCUGAAUCCAGAAGACUUAUUGACUGGAUGGAAAUAGGUGUUUAUGAUGCAUUACAGAAGAAAUACCUCAAGACACUUCUAUUCUGCAUAUCUGAAGCUAUUGAUGGACCUAUGAUGGAAGAAUAUGCUUUUUCAUUUAGCUAUUCGAAUUCUGACAGUGAAGAGGUGAUGAUGAACAUAAGUCAUACUGGAAACGAGAAACAAGGAACAACAUUCAAGUCUAAUGGAAAUACAGACAUUACACCAAACCAAAUGAGGAGUUCUGCUUGUAAAAUGGUCCGAACUCUGGUUCAAUUGAUGGGAACACUGGACCGUAUGCCAGAAGAGGUACACAAUCAGUCAAUUGUCGUGAAGGAAGAUAUGGAUGUACAAGUAAACCAAGUUGAUGAGAAAGUUCAAAAAGGGACUAAUGAAGACUACUUCUACUUGAAGGCUCGGUAUCAUGUCAAACCAAGAUUAGGUAAACGUGUCAUUCGAUCUGAAUUGACUGAGAAGAAGCUAGUUGAGGUCAAGAAUGUUUUGGGGAUAAAGUUAUCGGCAAUGGAUAUAAGUGAACCUCAAAACAUAUCAACCUGCGGUGGUCUCCACUCUGUUGGUUCUGAUCUUACUAGAAUUCGUGAAGGAUCAGUAUAUACUCAUCAGAAAGGAUCAUCUAGAAUUCAGGAGCUACUUGGAAACAACACACCUAUCAUUUCCAAAUAUCGCAUAGUCCUGACCUCAGAAUCCAUUCCUACCGUGAAAGCCAAGAUUCACUUCAAGGAAGGGAUCCCUCCAUCACAACAAUGCUUGUUUUUUGGCAGUAUAGAGUUGACAGAUGGAACGCUCGAGGAAUACUGUAUAACCAAAGCCUCGACUUUUCAUAUUCUCCUUUUCCUUUGUGGAGGAGGUAAUCGGAAGAAAAAACAGAAAAAGGCACGAAUAAUAUUACAUGAAAAUCAGGAGCAAGAAAAAGCUGAGAGGAUAGCACCGGAGCAGGUCCAAAAACCAGACAAAAAAAAAGAAAAGAAAAAACAGCAUGAGGAGAAUGAUAUGGUUUUGGCUAACUGGAGAGCCCGAUGGAAUGAAAAAUAUCAAUCUGACAAGAGGUUUCUGGAGGAGGAAUCUUUGGAUGUUAAAGGGGAAAUACAGCUGCAGGAGACUAAAGUAAUUAGGAAUAAGAUAAUGCAGAAGGAGAAUGAUAUGGUUCUGUCUAACUGGGGAACUCGCCGGGAUGCCAAUCCAUUCCUUUUGGGCAUAACCUUUCGCAAAUAA